AUGGCGCCUCCGGCGGCGGAUACACGAGCGCUGAAUGAGUUGAUCGCAUCAACUCUGGCCCUGCUGAAGCAGUUUCCGUCCUCUUUGAGCCCAUCCAACAUGACAUCCGCAACGACUAUCGCGAACCCACCCAACCCUCUCCAAGUACUACGCGAUUCCGCCACCCUACUGAAGGCACACACCACCAAAGUCUCGCUUCUGGCGAUCAACAAACCUUUCACACCCUCUGCAAUCACCAAAAUCCUACUCGAUCUCAGUGGAACAUGUCUUCCCGCGAUUAUGAGCGCGGUGCAAGUCUGCGAGCAAGAGAAGUCGACAUGGGGCUCUUUGAUGGGGAAGGAGAUUGGAGUCAGGAUAUUGAGGACAUUCAAGGAAAUGGAGAACCUGCUUGCGGAGCUCAAGUCGAUCGCGGAUGGAAACAGUGCACCUGCAAGACGUGACAGUCUUAGCUCGACUGGUGUCGUCUGGGAGUCCUGCGAUGCGCUGAUCGAGUUGGAGAAGGUUGGGAUUGCUGGACUGGCAGUGAAAAAGGCGGAGCAAUACAGAGACUCGAUCAAGGAUGCGAUUGAAGAGCUGCAGGAAUGGAGAGAAGGCAGCGAUCCAGACAACGAGGGUCAGGCGGAUGAGCUGCUCGACAGCGAUGACGAAGGUGUCGAUGGCGAUGCGGAAAGCCUCGACGACAUCUUCAAUGCAGCGAACAGCAUGCCCAAGGACAGACCUGAGUUACGGCAGCUGGUGGAGGAAGCAGAAGGGAAGCUUAAGAAGAUUGUUCUACUUCACACGGCGUUGGUGAAGAGGCGUCUGAAAACGUUCAAGGCUUCGGAGCAAGCUCAUGUUGAGGCAUUGGAUGCAAUCCUACUUCACUUGAAGACGGCACAAUCUGGUGUAGACGACCUUGCGGGCAGCUUCUACGACUUGGACGACAAUGGCGCCAAGAGCGAGCUCGCAAAGUGUGUCGAUGAGGCUAAAUCUGCCUGCACGAUAGCAAGACUGAGCUGGGAGGGUAAGGAGGACGAGUUUACAGCAUGGAGUAAGAAAUGGGAGGAAGCGAUCGGAUGA